AUGUGGUCUCCAGAAACAGAGGAGAACUCUGAGUACAAGAACACAGAUGACAAACGGAGCGUGGCUGUGAUUCUGCGAGAGCUCUUUGCCAAACUGACACAGACUGAGACCAAGUGGGUGGUCCGCAUCAUCCUGCAGGACCUCCGCUUAGGCCGAGUGGAGGACUGGCUGGUCCUGAACGCGUACAACCCCUUCUUCAACUACAUCUACCGCAGCAACAAGAGUCUCACGUUUGCGUCGCAGAAGCUCUAUGACAUGCAGCAACGAGCGAAGGACUUGCACAACCCAAAGGUAUCGCUGGACUGGAGCCUCGUGUCGAGCAUGGGAUUAGUCACUCUGCACAUGCCCAUGGCACCAAUGGGUUGCGCUAAAGGUGCGAGUAUCUCGUCGGCGUUGUCUAGCAUGUAUUCGGCCAAGGCAUACGUGGAAACCAAGUACGACGGCGAGCGCAUCCAGAUACACGUAGGAGCACUCCCAACGCAGCAUCCCGCACCCACUCCUUCAAUAACAGCCAUGCACACACCCACAAACACAACAGCCACACACACCCCCGCACACAUGACAGCCACACACCCCCCCUCAGUCACAGCCACACACCCCCCUGCCAACGGAUUGCCUGUGGAGAUCUUCAGCAGAGGUGGCCGCAGAAGUACUCUGGAACGGUCACCGGUCAUCCCGGCGGUGCUAGAUGCGUUGCAGGCAUGGGAGGAGAAUAGGGGGUGUGACACAGCCGCCCUUGGUGUAGGCCAGGACCCACUGACAUCCGUAGUGCUAGACGGUGAACUUCUGACCUACAACAACUACGAGAAACGUAUUGAGGACUUUGGCUAUGUACAGGUGGCUGAUAUCUCAUACACGUGGGUUGGCCUGCACAACAGGCGUGUCAGUAUAAUCGUUUCUGGCAGCCUUGCGUCUAGUGCUGUAUCUGCGGGGAUUAAGUGUCCUAUGGAGACACACGCGGGGGGUUGUACACGUUAUAACGUUUAUCUGUCUAUCUGUGGAAUGCGUAGUGCGACAGUGCCGUUUGUGUCGAAAAUCGCGUGGGUCAUGAGAUCAAACCCGACAGCUGUGUUGCGCAAGCGCCAUCUGAUGGUCGUGCUGUUUGACGUUAUGUACUUGAAUGGCCAGAGAUAUGUGCCCGACGGCAAGAACCCGAACAGUUGGGUUAAGCUAAAACGCGAGUACAUUCCAGGUCUUGCAGAUACUGUGGAUCUGGUGAUCUUUGGCGGCACCUUCCAAUCCAAACACGAGACAAGGAACACGAGUAUGACGAGCAACGUGCAGGGUGUGUUCAAACGCUGGCACGUGGGCUGCAUUGCCGAUAAGUUUAAGACGGCGCCUGUGACCAUCUUCCCUCUCUUCACCUGUGACGCGGGCCUGUCAGUUUCGGUAGGUAGCAUCACAGCCUCCGGGUCGAAUCUAUAUGAUUUUACACCUCGGCCGGUAGAAUCACACACUCUGAGUCGCAUUCUAUUUUUAGAUAGGAAGAAUCACGCAUUCUGA